CAGUGCAAACCUGCUUGAGGCACCGCACAAGAGCUAUGUAUUGAGGCAGGCCGUGCAGCUCACAGCUUGUGCUCUUCUAAGCUUGCAGCCAUGGCAAAGGAUUUGGGAGCAGUUAACAAUUCUGUGUGGCAGCCAUCAUGUCAGAUAUACACCCUGUUCAGGAGCUCCGGGAUGAGCUGGCUUGUCCCAUCUGCCUGGAGUCCUUUAAAGACCCAGUGAUUCUAGAAUGUGGGCACAAUUACUGCCAAGCCUGUAUCACUGACUGCUGGGGGGCAGCAGGCACAGGAGUUUGCCCCCAGUGCAGGAAAUCUCUCCCUGAGGUGGAGCUGAGGCCUAACAAGCAGCUGGAGGCAGUGGUGAACAUAGCAAGAGGCCUAGAUGGAAAAUGCAAGAAACAUGAAGAAGUUUUCAAACUCUUCUGCAAGCAGGACCGGAUCCUCCUCUGCAGGGUUUGCAGAGAGUCUCGAGAACACAAAACUCACCGAGUCAUUCCCAUUGAGGCAGCUGCAGAGGAGUGUAAGGAGCAGCUUCUGAGUCAUCAGAAUCAUUUUCAACGUGUGAGAAAGGAGCGAGGGAGACGGGCAGCUGCUGAAGAAGGGAAAUAUCAAACUCUACUGAAACAGACAGAACACCAGAAGCAGGAGAUUGUGUCUGAAUUCAAGCAAGUGCACCAGGUUGAGCAACUCGUGCGGAACCACCUGGAAGGCACAAUACAGGACCUUGGGAAGACAAGGAAUAAAAAUACUAAGGGGCUAUUACUUCUCGAUAACCUGUUGGCUGAGAUAAAUCAGAAGUGCCAGCAGCCAGACAUUGAACUCCUCAAGGACAUUGACAGCACCUUAAGCAGGUGUGAGCAGGUGAAAGGUGAAGAGGAGGCGCCUGUUGAUUCUUUGACUGAACUGGAGAGCAGGGUGCAGGCUCUCUCUGAAAGCCAGAAAGUUCUACGUGAUCUGCUGAAGCAUUUCAGAGAAUUGGCUCUGGAAUUGGGUCUUCUUGAAAACAUCUCGUCUGAGGUUCAGAGACAAGUGAGUGGUGAAGACCCAACGGAGGAGGUGCCCAACAACCCUAAAGAAGAGGACACUUCUGUUUGCUUGCUGGAGUGUCAGGAUAGCGAAUCCAACUCAGACAGUUGUGAGGAACAAGAAGUUGUCCCUACUGGCAAACAGAAUAAUUCAACUGACUCCAUAAAUGUUGAGGCAGAGGAAGCCAUAGUGUCUGAUCCUGUUCCAGACACCUCAUUCAUUAACAACAGUGUUGGCUUAAAUCUGCUUCACAAUGAGCAUGUGGUAUGUCGUCACGCAGGUCUCUGGUUUGAUUCCAAGUUCAGGAGACGUGGUGCAUGGAAAACCGUAGCUGCAGUUCUACUUGCGGUUAUCCUUAUCCCAGUGAUUGCUUGGUCAGUGUUGAAGGCCAGUGUGACUCCUACAGACAGUCCUGCCACCUGCUGCCCUGAAAAGUGGAUUGGGUACCAAGGAAAAUGUUACCUUUUCUCUGCGGAUGAAGCAGACUGGACCUCGAGCCAACAUUUCUGCUCUACCCCUGGUGCCUCCUUGGCUUGGCUAGACACCCUACAGGAAAAGGAUUUCUUGAUGCGACACAAGGGCUAUCUUGAUGCCUGGAUUGGUCUAAGAAGGGAACCGGGCCAGCCCUGGAAGUGGCCAAAUGGCUCAGUAUUCAAUGACCUGUUUCAAAUAGGAGAAGGAGGAGAAUGUGCCUUUAUGUACAAAAACACUGUCAGCAGUUCAAGGUGCUACACACAGAGGAACUGGAUCUGUAGCAAACCUGAUGAGUUUGCAAAGAGAUUACUUAAGAACUAUUAACCUGUGCCGUUUUGAUUUUGCUGCUUCUUGAGGUACCAAGAAAGGCUUCAUGGGUUUUUUUCCCCCUGUGUGGUUUGUCACUUUAGAAACAUUGGGAAAUAUGCUGUUAAAUCUUGUCUCCCCAGUGUAAAGCUGGUGAAAAUGAGAAGAGAAUCAGUCCUGAGACUUCUUGCCCUUUAUACAAAGACCAGUCUGAAUCAGAAAUUUGGAAACCUAACUCUAUACUCCACUUUGACCUGAUAUACAAAGCUUUUAUGGAGAACUGCUUGAAAUGAUUUGUAUAUGAGCAGUAUUUUUUUCCAUUGAAAAAUGGCUAUUUUUCUACAUCAGAAAUUGUAAUCCAAAUUUUUUUAACUGGAAAAUGAAAAAUUUACAGGUGGUUUGGGGGAGUUUUUUUAGUUUAUUGUUUUUAAUUUCUCUCCUCCCCAUCAUCUUUUCUAUGUCUUGCCCCUAUUUAGUGACAAAGUGGAAGGUAAAACUGAAUUUCAAACCAAACAUUUUUCUAAAUUGAACUUUUUUGACAGAUUUUUAUCAAAAAUUUCAUAUAGAGAAACUUUCUAACUGGUCUUCCAUUUUUCACCCAGCUCUACUUUUGUGCUUGAUCUGUUUGAAGGGGGCACUGUUUAGCAAGGAAGAUAGCAGACAUGAAGGAAUUUGCUGGGGAGGAAGUCAGCAGGGUUGUGAGAGUCAUGGCAGAGGCAUUCAGUGGCAUGCAAAUGAGAAUGAAAUAACUGGAUGCAGGGGAGCUGGAACAGUGUGUAUAGUGGAGGUGCUGAGAGCCAUUGAACCAAACUGUGAACCUUGUAUAUAAUGGAAACCACUUCAAGCCAGGGACUGAAGUACCACUCCUAGUUCCAGGCCUAGGACUGGAUGUUGAGCAUAAUCCAGGGUCAGAAGUUAGUGUGCUGCCAUUUGGGUUGAGAGAAAGGAGUGGAGGAAUCAGUAACUAAAUGAAUGAUUAUGAGGAAAGAGAGAGAGGUUGGAGAGAGGCUGAAAGUAGUGGAGAUAUGGAAACUGAAAGAAAAGCCAAGUGGAGACACAGGUGGCAAGAAGCUGAUAUUAAAAUGAUGGUCAGAGAAGAGGAACUCAGAAGCCCAGGUCCACAGAGGUAUUUAGGCCCCUAACUUUGAUUGACUUCGGUAGGCCAGAGUGCUUAUUUGGUGAGUGAGAGAGUUGAUCUGGGGCUGAAGGUCAGGUGAAGAGGUGGGCGGUUAACAGGUCAGAGGAGAUGUCAGUGUGGGAGUCACCAAGGAUGAGGAUGGGAGACUGAAAGGAGAGGAAAAGGAGGCACAAAGUGUCAAAAUUAGAGAGGAAGGUCAAAGGUUGGUAGGAGUUGGAUGGAUGCCUAGAUAAGAUAGUAGGAAGUUUAAUGUUCUGUUUGGACCCAUUUUUUUUUCCACCAGCACCGACUGGUUUCCAUUCUGCUUCAGUGCAUUUCCCCUGCCCAACUUCCUUUCUUGUUUCCAGGGUUUGUAUUUUUUUGUUCGCAUUUUUCUUAGAUACAUGUUUAUAUACUGUUCCCAUGAUGACUGCUGUUUGCUGAUGUGCCCUAGGACCAAAU